AUGCCUCGGCGUGCAACACGAUCCACCUCGAAUCCGGGUCCAAGCGCAGCAGACGUUGUUUCAACUGUGAACCGCCCAGCUGUAAAACGGCCAGCCAAAAAGGCAACUCGACCAGCAAAGAAGUCAAGGUCAACAUCCAGCCAAAUACCCGUACAAGCGGUUGAAGUUGCAGCAACAGCACUGACCGCAGAUCUACUUGAGCAGCUGGUGACAAAGGUUGCUGAUGUUGUGAUACAGAGACUAUCUGGAAAUUCCAUGGGUACCAAUCCAACCGCUUCAGUCAGCCUACCAGGGUCGUCGAGUCCACAUCCGCCAGAUGCCAGCAUUCUACGGCAGCCAGUAGACCACAACAUCUUGCAGGAAGUCCAACCUACAAUAGAUUCCCUGGUCGAAGUAGCUGUGGGGCAGUCCCAAGAAGCUAUCGCAGGUAUACGUUAUGGUGAUACACCAUCUAUUCCAAAAACUAUUUUCCAUUCAAGCAGCCUGGAAAUAGAUUCUAGAGUGAACGAUAGAGUAAAAGCCAAAAUUUGGAAUAAUGAAUAUGUGGAAUUUAGUACCCUUAUUUCUAGUCAAGGGAACAAUAAGUUCCAAUUGUCUUUUCAAAGUUUAGAGGGUAAUAAUGGUCCAUCUAUUUGUCUCGAGCCAAUUAACCGGAGCCAAAAAAUUUUCAAUAUUAAUCAAUGGCUCCAAGCAUUUCAUAUAUUUGUAGGAGUCUACACUCGUAGAUUUCCAAAUGAAUCACCGGGGUUGAUGAAGUACUGUGAAAUAAUCCAAGACUUAGCGUCACGGGGUUUCAACUGGAAAUUUUAUGAUGAGAACUUCCGUUUUUUAAGACAAAAUCCCGCUUCAGCCUUGCCUUGGGGAAGUGUUCAUUUACUGUCCCAGCCAUUUACUGGCCCUGCCAAAG